AUGCAAGGGGCGCAGCAGGUGGUGGUAGUGCAAGCAGAGGGCAGCAGAUGGCUAGCAGACCUAGGGGGAUACAAGAUAGCGUGUGUAAUAAGAGUCCGCCGUACAAGCAAGCCUAAUAAUCGCUGCUCAGACUUCUCAAACUCCUUUGGAGAAUUCCGAAGCCCGAACCGUUGCGUGUGUUCGUUGGAGAAGUUUUAUUCUUUAUCAUGUACUGUUGCAGAAGUUUUAUUCUUUAUCAUGUACUGUGCAGAAGCAUGUACUGUUGCAGAAGUUUAUUCUUUAUCAUGUACUGUUGCAGAAGUUUUAUUCUUUAUCAUAUGUACUGUUGCAAGUUUUAUUCUUUAUCAUGUACUGUUGCAGAAGUUUUAUUCUUUAUCAUGUACUGUUGCAGAAGCACUGAAGUCUUUAUCAUGUACUGUUGCUUUCAUUAUUGUAAUGAUGCAGAAGUUUUAUUCUUUAUCAUGUACUGUUGCAGAAGCUGUUGCUUUAUUCUUUUGUAUCAUGGCCUCCAGAGUGUAUGUGUCUCGGCUCGGAGUGUUGAUGGCGAUGCUGCUUCUGAUGCAGGGAAACAGUGGAGAGGGUGUAUUGUACAGGAGGCUUUACAUACCAGCUGUACUUCCGGAAGCUGAUACGUGUCCCCCGGUUGCUGAGGUUACAGCGCCAAGCCACGUCCAGCUGGUUAGGUUCUACUGUAUCAUCCGGUGCAACGCUGAACCACGAUGCAAGUUCAUCACUGUUUUAGGAAGGAAGUGCCGCCUCCAGACCUUCCGCGUGGCCCCAGGGUAUUCCCAGCCAGGCCCUGCCAGCCUCCCCUCCUACGUCACGGACUCCGCCGCCGGCUCCCCGGACCUGGCGCUGAACAAGCCGGCGGUUCAGGGCGCCACCUACCGCGGCUACCCGAACCCGACCACCGUGGUGAACGGCGUGCUGUGCAGGACGGACCCCCUGCAGUGCGCGUGCACGACCAUCGCCGACGCCUGGAUUCAAGUGGACCUCGAGGCUUCCUUCGCUGUCACUCGGGUCGUGGUCACGGCCUCCUUCAGUUACGACCUCAUGUUCUUCGCCGACACUAACAUCCAUGUGGGCGACACGGGAAGCUACCUGACAGACCCAAUUGUGGGGAGCAAAGAUGGGUCUCACCCUACCACGGAUUUUCAGGAAUUCACUUAUAGUAGUACGUAUUUUGAAAUAGGUCCUGUGAGAAAGACCGUUAAAGAUAUAAUACGUAUACCUAGGUCGAAGCCAAGGACAAAGUAG